UUGCGCAAAUAUUGCUCUUUAUAAUUAAGUUGUAGAAUGCUGCUUUAAAUGCCGGCAGGAACUCUAGCUUUAUAAUGUGAUUGAUGUAGUGGCGUACUAGGUCCUCAAUUUGGCGCCCGUAUGCCUUUUUUAAUGGCGAAAAGCAGCCAAUAUUAAGCGGCUGCAGCAGGUGCGACAAAUGCGGCGGCAUACAGAGAGCGAUGAUGUUGUUCUCCUUGCAAAUUUGUUGGAAUUCGAGCGAGAUAUAGCUCUCAGGCACCGCAAGCCCGACAAGCAGCCUGUACGAGGCGGUGCUACGAACCUGCUCCUACAUUGUAGUGAGCAGAGCAGAUGCUUGAGGCACGAUGGAGCUGGUGAUGGCGUUGUGGCCGUUCGAAGGCCCUCCACCGGACAACGACAACAACGGACCGCAUCACCAGAACAGAGGAACAACCAUCAAAAUGGGUAUGAAAACCAUCCGACUGCCUACAGCGUCACCAAAGUCAUUGGCGGUCAAUUGGAGGACCUCAAACAGCGUGGUGCUCGCAGCCUUUGCCUAGGGGACAGCAUUCUCAUGGCGGUCAAGUGGAGGACCUUAAACAGCGUGGUGCUCGCAGCCAUCGACAAUGCCUGUAGGCGCCCAUCGGCACGCGAGGAAGCCCAAAGCUCCUGAAGGGAGAUGGUCACAGCCAGCAUGGUGGGGGUAAU